GUCUUUCUUAUCUCCAGCUAAUUCCACCGAUCUCUCUCUGCCCGUUUGGCUAAAUGUCACCCGUGACUCUCGCCACCACUACCUCGUACAGUAGCUCAACAUUCAUUGGGCUCGUCUUGGCCGCGUUCGGCCGACCGUGGACCAGCCCAAAUCAAAGCCACACUCACACCCACAAAGCGGACCCCGGCAUGGCGAAGGGUGGUGUCCAUCGAAAGAGCGGAGUGCCCGUGCGAGACUGACUCGGCAGAGAGCUUUACACCUUUGGGCUAGACAAGAGCCGAUCAAAACUUCAGCUUGCUGUGGGAGUAACUACUCAUGCUCGGGAAACAUGGAGAUAUGAUCGGAAAACGUCAGUGCCUUGCAGAUGGCACAGGGGAGCUUCCGCCUCCAUCCCGGGGGAGCUCGAAGGCCUGAAGGUUCGUUGUGGUGAGGCCUGCGAUUGAUUGGAUGUCUGGUGGUGCUCGCCUCGUCACGUCGAGAAGGGUGGUCAGUCGUAUAAGAACAACCGGUUGCCCUCUUGUCUGUCACUUACUUGGCCCAUCGACAUCCGUCCAGCAACUUAGUAGCUCGCAUCAAUCCCCAAAUCCCAGCCAGUCUCCCUCCCCAAACGCUCAGAAAGAGGGCCCAGUCCGCUGCAACCAUGACUGAACGCUUCGGUCCCGCCCCAGAACCACCCACCGAGUUGGGUCGGUAUCGGGUUCUGUCUCCCACCGCCGGCGUCAGGGUGUCGCCCUUAUGUUUGGGUGCUAUGUCCCUGGGAGAUGCCUGGAGCCCGGGCAUGGGCAGCAUGAACAAAGAGCAAUCCUUCAAACUCCUGGAUGCCUAUUUCGAGGCCGGUGGAAACUUCAUCGACACCGCUGUACGUCCACUCCAGCUCCUCAAUGAGACCAAAAUUGCUCGGGUCUGUGUCUGCGUUUCUGUAACUGAUCGAUUGACCGGAUGUUUGCCGCCCUGUUUAGAACAACUAUCAGGAUGAACAAUCGGAGAAGUGGAUUGGUGAGUGGAUGGCAGCGAAGAAGAAUCGGGAUCUCAUGGUCAUUGCCACCAAGUACACGACACCCUACCGAAGUUGGGAGCUCGGCAAAGGCAAGACGGUCAACUACUCUGGAAACUCUCGGAAGAGUCUGCACCUCUCGAUCAGAGAUUCUCUUGCGAAGCUGCAGACCAAUUACAUCGACCUGCUGUACGUUCAUUGGUGGGAUUGGACAACCUCCAUCGAAGAAGUGAUGGACAGUCUCCAUCUGCUCGUGGAAUCCGGCAAAGUGCUCUAUUUGGGAAUCUCCGACACGCCCGCAUGGAUCGUCUCGGCGGCGAACACGUACGCCCGGGCCCAGGGAAAGACCCCGUUCUGCGUGUACCAAGGCCAGUGGAACGUCAUGCAGCGAGACUUUGAGCGCGAGAUCAUCCCCAUGGCGCGCCACUUCGGCAUGGCGCUGGCACCGUGGGACGUGCUCGGCGGAGGCAAGUUCCAGACCAAGAAGCAGAUCGAAGAGCGCAAGAAACAGGGCGAGGGCCUCCGCCACAUGUUCGGCCCGGCCGGCCAGACGCCUCAACAGGAAAAGAUGUCGGCCGCGCUGGAGAAGGUCGCCCAGGAGCACGGGGUCGAGUCGCUCAGCGUCAUCGCCCUUGCCUACGUGAUGCAGAAGACGGUCAACGUCUUCCCCAUCGUCGGCGGCCGCAAGGUCGAGCACCUGCACGCCAACAUCAAGGCGCUCUCGAUCAAGUUGACCGACGAGCAGAUCCAGUACCUGGAAAGCCAGUCCGACUUCAGCCCGGGGUUCCCGUCUACGUUUGUGGGGGAGUCGCCGAGGGCGACCGGAAAGACGACCUGGAUCCUGGCGUCAAGUGCGCCCUUGGCGUGGACGACGCCGGAGAAACCUGCCGGACAUUAGGGAGGGAGAGGCACGGGGCGGAAGAAGAUGCCGUGAAUGGAAGCGGAGGGUAUUCUGGGUAGAAGAGACGGACAAAGAUGACGAAACUGGAGGGGGGACGAGGAGGAGAAUGGUGAUUCCGAUCUCAAUCACGGGGUAGGAAGGGCAAGCCUCUUCGAGAAAGUCUCAAGGAAGGGAGAGUUAGAACCUAUAGCAAUUUGACAACGCAUCGAAGAGUCUGUA